AUGGUCGUAGGAGUUAAUGAUCCAUCUAAGGGGCUAAUAGGAGGAUUAACAAACGAGUCCAUGUAUAACUUCGGAAUCCGACUGGAAAAAAGGAUAGAGUUAGUUGGUUACCCAUACAGAGGUUUGUAUGCUUUAGGGGAAUUAAUACCUCCUCAACCUCAAGAUCACAAUGUUAUUUUGGUUCCCUGUUCCACUGUUGAAUUGAAUUGUCUAGUGGUUGAUGUUUAUUGGUGUUAUAUCUUAGUAGAAUCAACUAGCCAGACCAAAAUGCCAAGCCUCCUUGUGAAGAAAAUGAGUAUCCAUGAGUUGAUAACUUCAUCCGAGCACCAGAAAUUAGGUUCCAUCAUUGCUGGAGAGAUGACAUUGUCUGAUGCAAAACCAUAUAUCAUGAAGUUUAAUGAGCAUCAAAUAACUCUAUUCUUAUGGUGGAGAAAGCCUAUAUGCAUGGGAAGACACGCAUUUGGUGAUCAGAACAAAGCUACUGAUGUAAUGAUUAAAGAAUAUGGAAAAUCGAAGUUGGUGUUUAUUCUUGGAGGAGAAGGUGAAGAGAUAAACUUGGAGGUUUACAAUUUUACGGGUGUUAGAGCUUUGUUAAUGUACAACACUGAUGAGUCCAUUGUUACUUUUGUUGAAGCUUCAAGGAACAUAACUUAUCAGAAAAAAUGGCCAUUUUAUCUUAGCACCAAGAAUACCAUCCUCAAGAAAUAUGAUGAAAGAUUUAAAGACAUAUUUCAAGAGGUCUAUGAAAGAAACAGGAAGUCAAAGUUUGAGGCUGCUUAUGUAUGGUAUGAACAUAAUCUUAUCGAUGACAUGGUUGCUUAUGCUCUUAAGAGUGAUGAAUGGUAUGUCUGGGAAUGCAAAAAUUAUGAUGGUGAUGUUCAAAUCGAUUUCCUAGCUCAAGGAUUCAGAUCUCAUGAAUUGACGACAUCAGUUUGGGUGUGUCUAAAUGGAAAGACCAUUGAAGUUAAAGCAACCUAUGCACCUGUGACACGUCAUUACAGAGUGCACCGAAAGGGAGGUAAAACCAGCACAAUCAGCAUAACCUCAAUUUGUGUAUGGACCUGUGUGCUGACCCACAUGACAAAAUUGGAUAACAAUUCUAAGCUUCUUGAUUUUAAUGAGAAAUUUGAGGCAGCAUGCAUCGACACUUUUGAAUUUGGAAAGAUGAUAAAGGACUUGCAACUCUCAUGA